UUAUGUCGGGGUACACAGUACGCAGUUGAGACUCGAGAUCCCCGGAGUUGUGCGACCGCUCCGCGAACCGCAAACCGGCGAGGAAAAGUUGCGAAGAAAAUUCAAACUUCGCGCGGAGAGAACGAUUCGAGCAGAUCAAGCUCUGCCAGUGAUUUAACGUUAUCCGAUUCUUCGUUGUCGCGAAUUUUCUUCACGACUACGGUUCAUCUUCCAGGGACAUCACACAUUUCUCGUCAGGAUGGGAGGAAUAAAAGCCAUUUUGGGAGUGAGCGAACUGACGGACCGUAAAGCUGGGCUUUACAGAGCCUUGUUCGCCGAGUUCCUGGGCACGUUGCUGUUGAACUUUUUUGGCUGUGGUGCCGUGGCCAACAAAAAUGACGUCGUGGCGAUCAGCCUUGCCUUCGGUCUGACAGUCGCCGUUGUGAUCCAGGCUAUCGGGCACAUUUCCGGAGGGCACGUAAAUCCAGCGGUCACCAUUGGUCUCGCCAUCGUUGGAAAGGUUCCCGUAAUCCGAGCAGUCCUCUACGUGAUUGCACAGAGCACCGGUGCAAUAGCUGGAUCGGCGAUCGUCAGGGCGCUGACAUCGGACACCGAGGAAAUGCAGAGUUUCUUGGGAACGGUGGGAGUUAAUCUCCAAGUGAGGGUCGAACAGGCUCUCGGAGUCGAGUUCUUCCUUGGUUUGGUCCUGGUCCUGGUGGUCUGCGGUGCUUGCGACGGAGCAAAGCCCGACAGCAAGGGUAUCGCGCCGAUCAUCAUCGGAUUCGCCGUGACUGUCGGUCAUUUCGUCGGGAUUCCGAGAACUGGGUCUGGAAUGAACCCGGCUAGAGCUCUUGGCAGUGCGGUAGUCAUGGGAAAAUUGGACCACCAAUGGCUGUACUGGGUUGGACCACUUCUUGGAGGAAUCGCUGGAGCUUUGAUCUACGAACACGCGUUGGGACCGGCCGAACAUCCGGAACCACGAAGACAGUAUGAAUUCGCCGUCACAGAGGAAAAAGAGCUGCAGCGACUCAACAAGAAGGGCGCGUCUCCUGCUUGAUCCGGGGCUUAAAACCGGUCUUUGUAACGCCGAAAUUAACCAGCAUGUUGCGCAAUGCAAACCGCCAAUUACUCUUAACCAACAUACCUUGCACACAAUUACGCAAUACGUUGUAUCGUCGCUUCUCAUAUUCUAUUCGUCCAUUUUCUCAUUCGUGGCUCUUCGGCAUCCAAGUCAUGUUACAUACGUAAUACUAGCCGAAAUUUAAACAUAUCGAAAAUGUCAUUAAAAUAAAAAUUCCAAAGAUUACUCCACUUGCAGUGUCUAAUUUGGUAAUAAUCAUUCAUCGUUAGAAUUUUUUUUUUUUAAAUUAUAACCAAAAACCUUUGAAUCCUCGGUGAAGUUAAUUUUCUGAAAUUUACUGAAAAGCUAUUGAACAUUUCGGGUUAUUUCUUUGUUUUUGCAUGUAUUUUGGAAAGAUAAAGAAUACAACAUAUUGAGAAUUAUUUAUAAACACUGUUAUUGAUAAAGAUCACGGUAGAUAACAAAAUGUGUUGAAUUGAAAGUUCAUAUUUUUUCAGAAAAUUUCGUCUAUAAUUUUAAGUCAUUGAUACUAGAUUUCAUGAAUACUAGAUAUCUCAUGAUAUGACCGAAUUUUUAAUUCCUUUCUCAUCACCUAGACUGUCAUCCGUUGCAGGAUGAAAGUCCACCUUAUCGUUCUGUAUCGUAUUGUAAUACAGCUGUUACUUUUUCAUUAACGCCCCAACUGACUUAGUUAAAUAUUAUAGGAAUACGAUUUCGCGACUAUCGAUCUUCGAUCGCGAGAAUAAGGAAGCAUCUAUAAGGUGUACCGUUCACCACAAACUUAAGGUUUGAAGUCCUGGUGCCAAUACAAUUUUCAAAUGUCUAUAAAAAUAUGAACUCGAAAAUUUUUCUAGAGUUAUUCAUUAUUUUAUAAUUACAAAUUUGGAAUGAAAAUAUUUUGUUUGAUCCAAUUUCACCACUCUCGCGUUUUGAAAUGAAAUUAUCUGAUCAUUUCACGUUUAACAGCCAGAAACUUUGUUAAGAGAAAAAAAAAAACGGCGAAAGAAAUUGUAACUUCGGUGAAGUUGAUUAUUUGAGAAUAAAUACUCGGUUGUUGACUGAAUAGGAUAAUCUCACCAUCGCGCAAACAGUCCACUCAGAUAAGUCAAAAGAUAUCAGAGUGAGGAAACUGCCCAGCCUAUUUGAGCUCGGAAAAGUGGAGUAGAGGACUACGUUAUCACAUGGUACGAAACUCAACCCGUGCCAUCGCAUAUUCUCAUAUCAUUUGUGCGUUUAAUUUAUGAUUUAACGAUCACGAGUAUUCUUCUAUUCAUUCAUCAUUCUAACAAUAACGUAAUAUUAAUCUAAAUCAUUGAACAUUGAUGUUACGUAAUUUAAUUGUGUAAAUUUUAUCCGUAUAAGCCUGUACCUAUGUUAUUACUGUGUUCUGUAAUAAAACAUAUUUUAUACAUAA